AUGGGCUUUAAGGACUUGAGAAAUGCGUUUGAACGUAUGAACAUUCACCACCAUAAGGAACAGAGUGCGCUGGGUGCACUGAAUACACCGUUCCAACAACCGUUUCAACGGCCCCUCGACAACGCCGAUAGGGUUUCAGGGAUUUCUGACCCCGAAAAUAUAUUUGCGACCCCAAUUGCCACGGGAAAGCCACCAGAGAUCUUUAAGCGGGCAAAGCAUAGCGAAGUUCCCCAGGGAUGCACAUUGGACGAACCGAUUCAGACAAACAACUUUUACAAUAACCUCACUUUGGGCGACCAGUGCUGUCCAGUGUGGACUUUGCCCUACUCCCUCUGGUUAACAAAGGACCCCGAGCAAAAUCAUGGAUUAGCAUUUAAUCACACAGAGGCAGCGCAGCGUGUCUUUGGCCCGGAGCCCAAUGCAAACCCGGCACAAUUCUACUUUAAUCCACCCAGAAUAAAAUCAUUUGUUCUAUCAAGCGACGAUUUCCGUCAUGAUGAUGACAUCAGAUUGACUCUCCAUGAACAUAAAAAGAUGUCAGUCACGGCAAGAUUAGAGAAUAGCAAAGGUUGCAUUGUGGUGCCCUUGGUGAUGGGGAUGGGAUUUAUCACCGCAAUGUAUGACAGAAUUUGUCCCUUGAUAGCUUCACAGGUUGGAUACCAAGAGUUUAAAAAAAUCGAUUGUGUUGACGCUCUUCAAAAGUACCUGGUAAAAUUGUUUAACCAGGUGGUAUGGACCAUCUACAGUGACAUAGAGUUGAAGUUGCGUGAUCCCAACCAUAUCGUUGGUGCCAGUCCGGGAACCAUCCAGAUUGCGCGAGGUGACUCGCUGCAUUAUGAUGAUACCGCGGGUUGUUACCCAGUGAGUAUCGACUUGACGGGCAAAGUCGAGGGACAAGUUGGCGAAUAUAGAUUUGUUUACAAUACAGUGGGUAGAUCGAGAUCGGGUGACACGUUGGUAUGGACUUUGCCUCACCAACUGGAAAUUAUUGCCUGCUCUUCAGGACUGCGUCUUGAUCUAGUCCUCGACUCGCCAACAAAGGGGCCCAUGACUGCAUUCAAAACCAAGGAGCUCGUGAUGCGAGAAGAGGAGUUGCCGGUUGACAUUCAGUGGGACCCUUGGAAUAGCUGUUCUAACAGCAACAACAACAACCCAACAGGAUGGUCCGAUCAAGCCAAAUACGCUUUGAUCCGGCAAGCAGCUGCUGAGGAAAUUCAACAGGAUGUCAUAGGUAUGGCCAACAUCGACUCCAUGUACACCUCGGGAAAGAUACUAGACAAGUUUGCCUAUAUUGCAUAUGUGUGUCAUUUCGUUCUCCAUGACGAGCAAUUGACAAGCAAUAUCCUCUCCAGAGUCAAACAGGCCAUCGAGAUAUUUGCCAAAAACCAACAGAAAUUCCCGUUGGUCUACGACACCACAUGGAAAGGUUUGAUAAGCUCGGCUGAGCCCGGUGCCGAUUUCGGUAACUCCAACUAUAACGACCACCACUUCCACUAUGGCUAUCACAUUCACGCCAUUGCACUAGUUGCCAAAAUCGACAAGAAUUGGCUUUUCGAAAACGGCAACUUAGUCUACAACUAUGCAAUCGCCCUCUUGCGGGACGUCGCUAGCCCGCAAGCUGACCAAUAUUUUCCACAAUCGCGCUCCUUUUGUUGGUUCCACGGCCACUCUUUUGCCCACGGGAUAUUUGCUCUGGGUGAUGGCAAAGACGAAGAAUCUUCUAGUGAAGACUAUCAUUUUGCAUACGCGAUGAAGUUGUUUGCCCUUGUCGUGGGCGACUCGGCGAUGGAGAAACGCGCCAACUUGAUGCUCGCGAUAAUGAAACGGGCGAUGAACAUGUACAUGCUCUAUUCCAACGACAACAAGAUCCAGCCUAAGCAAUUCAUCCCGAACAAAGUAGCGGGUAUCUCUUUCGAGAACAAGAUUGACUAUUCGACGUAUUUUGGACGCGGAACUAUUGGCGACGAGUGGAUCCAUGGUAUCCACAUGUUGCCAAUUACGCCCGUAUCGAGCUAUAUAAGAGGUCCCACGUUUGUCAAAGAGGAAUGGGACGAGAAAUUGGCUCCGAUUAUCGAUAGAAUCCCCGAUGGGUGGAAGGGUAUAUUGAUGUUGAACAAGGCAUUGUUUGACCCCAAAAGCUCGUAUGAAUGGUUCGCCAGCGAAAGUUUUAAUCCGGCACAAAUGGACAAUGGAAUGUCUAGGACAUGGUCAUUGGCCUACACUUCUGCUUUCUUGUAG